AUGCCUGCUGUCAUUAACAUUACCCCCGAGGUCAAGAAGCCCCCCAAGCCCAUUGCCUCCAAGACCAAGCGAGCAACUCGUCCUAGCAACCCAGUCCCCCAAUUCCUUAUCGACGAGGCCGCCAAGACUGUCCGGGAACCCUUCGAUGCUGAGAAGCACCUUAACUACCAGGCGCCCAAGCGCAUCUAUACAAUGGCCGAGAUCGGCCUGGAGGGCCAGGGCAUUGCUCCCAACGCUGUCUGCGAGCCUUUUCAGCUCUUCACCCCCGAGGCCAUCGAACAGAUGCGUGCCGAGAUAUUUAGCGAGGAGGUUAUGCGUAAGUGCCAGCACACUUCUGGCUUUAUUAAAAAUAUGGCCCGUGGCAUGGCCCCCUUCACCUACGCCGCCUGGAAGUCCCCCGAAGUCCUUGGCAAAGUCUCCGCUAUUGCCGGCACUGAACUGAUCCCCGCUAUUGACUUUGACAUUGGCAACGCCAACAUUUCCAUCAACGACGCUGGCGAGAACAGUGUCGAGCACCCCGAAGUGAAGGACAUGGCCAAGAAGGAGGCUGAGACCUCCGCCAUGGCCUGGCACUACGACUCUUACCCCUUUGUUGUUGUCACCAUGCUUUCCAACUGCGAAGGCAUGGUCGGUGGCGAGACUGCCCUGCGACUCCCCGAUGGUAGUUCCAAGAUGGUCCGCGGUCCCGUCCAGGGAACUGCUGUUGUUAUGCAGGGUCGUUACAUUGAACAUCAAGCCCUCAAGGCGUUUGGGGCCGUAUUCUUAUUGGCCUAA